GCUGAGGGAGGGAGUGAGGGAGGGAGGGUGCCGGUCCCGCGCCGCGGGGAGGCUGCGCUCGCCGCCUCCCGCUGCGGGUCGUGCCUCCCCCCCCAACAAUAUUCUGCCCAGACAAUGGCAAAUAUCGGCGUUUAUUUGCGCAGGGGCCGCUGGCGGGGCGGGGCGAGGGCGGCUCAGCCCGCACAAUGGGGGCUUUGUUGGGCGCACAGGGCUCCUCUGUGCCGGAGCCGCCGGGCUCAGCCCCGCUCCCCCGUGCCCCCGCCGCGGCUCCGGGGCAGGAGAAAGCACCGUCAGAUCAGAGGGAAAACGCGAGCCAGGUUUAAAGUUAGUGCUAACACCCCACGGAGCUUAGUUAAUCAGCGGGAGAAGCAUCUCUGAGUGUAGCUGGCAGAUGGAAAAGUCCCCGAGAGGUUUUGAGCUCGUUGGUCGCGGGUUUGAGCACCAGCGGUGGUAUCGGAAGGAGAAACUGUUACAUUGGGGUGCAGGGACCAUCUGGAGGAGGGGAAGAGAUUCCAUGCCAGGCGUCCAUCUCGUUUCGGUGGCACACCAUGGAUACCACCGGCCACAGCGUCCUCCUCCUCCAGCAGCUGAACAUGCAGCGGGAGUUUGGCUUUCUGUGUGACUGCACAGUUGCCAUUGGAGAUGUUUACUUCAAAGCCCACAGAGCGGUGCUCGCUGCUUUUUCAAACUAUUUUAAGAUGAUAUUUAUUCAUCAGACGAGCGAGUGCAUAAAAAUUCAGCCUACAGACAUCCAGCCUGACAUAUUUAGUUACUUGUUACACAUCAUGUACACUGGGAAAGGGCCGAAGCAGACUGUCAGCCAGAGCCGACUGGAGGAGGGCAUCCGCUUUCUGCACGCAGACCACCUCUCCCACAUCGCCAUUGAGAUGAACCAGGCCUUCUCCCCAGAGCCGGUCCAGUCCUCCAACCUGUACGGGAUCCAGAUCUCUACAGCACACAAGCUGGCGAAGGAGCGCCUGGGAGCGAAGGAGAGCCUGCCCAAGGCGGGCGGCAGGUCCGCGGCGCAGGGCGAUCACCCCCAGCUGCAGCUGUCCCUGGCCAUCGGCCUGGACGACGGCCCCCUGGAGCAGCAGGUCGCUCGCCCCUCGGCCCAGCCCGCGGCUCUCGCCAAGCCGGCAGAGGAGCACCCGAAGCUCUCGGUUUCCAUAAAGCAGGAGAGGUGCGACUCGGAGCCCGUGGUGUCCCAGAGCUGCACCCCUCCUUCUCCGGAGGUAGCGAGCCCCAUCUUUGCCAAGGGCAGCCUCAAGGUGCACUUGUGCCACUACUGCGGGGAGCGCUUCGACUCGCGGGAGGGGCUGCGGCAGCACCUGCACGGCCACGUCUCGGGCUCGCUGCCCUUCGGCGUCCCGGCCUCCAUCCUGGAGAGCAGCGACCUGGGGGAGGUGCAGCCUCUGGCCGAGGACAGGGAGCCUGGGGAUGGCCAUCGCCUCGGGGCCUUCCUCCUCAAGGAGGAUGAGCAUCAGCUGGAGCAUCCGAGUUGCAGCGACCUGGAGCCUCUGCAGAUCGGGCAGCUCUCCCUCAUCUCCAAGGACCACGAACCGGUGGAGUUGAACUGUAACUUUUCUUUCUCAAGAAAGAGAAAGAUCAGCUGCACCGUCUGCGGCCGCACGUUUUUCCGGAAGAGCCAGCUGCUGGAGCACAUGUACACUCACAGAGGGAAGCAGCACAAGUACAGCCGCUGCCAGCGGCUGGAGAGCCCCGCCACCCCCAGGUUUCACCCUUACUGUGACAGCGAGAGUGUGGGCAAAAGCUCCAGCUUGUCCCAAGGCCACUUAGAUGAAUGUAUACUGGAGCCAGAUCUCAUCCAAGAAAGCGUUGAUACGAUCCUGGUAGAGUAAUUCUCCCCCUUCAGAUGCUGAAACUGCAUGUUUUGGCACUCUCCACCUAGGGAGUGGCUGUUCUGUGCAGCUGAUUUUCUUGAACCACCAUUCCCCUCACCGCUGAGAUAACUGUGAAGGACUGUGUACUUCGAUUUGUGUACUUGCUUUUUUAACUUCUCUAACUUUUAAACCUGAGCUAAUUCCCAUCUAAGUCCUUCUUGGAAGCCUCUGUGUAUCUCAGUUAUGUUUUUCCUGAAUGUGAACUUGCUCCUACUCUGCUUUACUGGAGUAAAGGCUGUAUUGCUGGGUGUGAGGUUUAAACAUUGUCUAGUACUUUGUGUGGUGCCUAGGACUGUUUGUAUUCCAUAGAAUUGUUCCUCUGAAACCAGAUGGAUGGAAGUGUAGAGGGAAAUACGUAUUGUGUUUCCCAAACAGUUUGUUUUUAAUGAAAAUAAAUAUCUCAAGGAGAUGAAUCCUGAAGUUCAUGUUGUUCAUGUAACUGCAGUUAAUAAAUCUCUGCAUAAAUAUUUUCAGGAGCCAUAAGGCUGCUCUUUUCAAGGGAAUUGGCAGUGUUGAUGUAGGGGUGGCAACCUUCAUUUUGACAAGCCCUGGAGUCCUCAUCUGUCUUCUAAAUUUACUUUUAAACUCUAGGGAUUUGCAUGUGUUUUUCCUCCUUCCUACUCCUCCCUCGUUCACUGCUACUGCAUAAGCAAGGACAGAUUUUGAUGCCCCUCUAGGACUAUGAUCCAUUAUUGGACUGUCUUCUCUGGAGGGAGGAAGGAAAGCUGCAAAGGAGUGUCCUCUCUUCUUUGAGAGGAGACAUACCCUAGCUGAAGUCUUUACAGAACUAAAUGCCACAC